GCGCGGCCGCAGCUUCCAGCAGCCGGUUGGGACGCGGGGCCCGAGGCGCAGGCGGAACGCAAUGGCUGCGUGGGGCGAGCGGCUGGCCGGCGUGCGCGGGGUGCUGCUCGACAUCUCAGGCGUGCUGUACGACGGCGGUGAGGGCGGCGGCGCGCCGAUCGCAGGCUCUGUGGAGGCGCUGGCGAGACUGAAGCGGUCCCAGCUGAAGGUGAGGUUCUGCACCAACGAGUCGCAGAAGUCCCGGGAGGACCUGGUGGGGAUGCUUCGGCGUCUGGGCUUCGACAUCUCAGAGGGCGAGGUGACCGCCCCGGCCCCUGCCACCUGCCUGAUCCUGAAGGAGCGAGGCCUGCGGCCACACCUGCUCAUCCACGAUGGAGUCCGCUCGGAAUUUGAUCAGAUCGACACGUCCAACCCAAACUGUGUCGUAAUUGCAGAUGCAGGAGAAGGCUUUUCUUAUCAAAACAUGAAUAAAGCUUUCCAGGUGCUCAUGGAGCUGGAGAAUCCUGUGCUCCUCUCACUGGGAAAAGGACGCUACUACAAGGAGACCUCUGGCCUGAUGCUGGACGUUGGUGCCUACAUGAAGGCACUUGAGUAUGCCUGUGGUAUCGAAGCCGAGGUGGUGGGGAAACCUUCCCCUGAGUUUUUCAAGUCUGCUCUGCGAGAGAUGGGGUUGGAAGCCCACCAGGCCAUCAUGAUCGGAGACGACAUCGUGGGUGACGUCAGCGGUGCCCAGCGGUGUGGGAUGAGAGCGCUGCAGGUGCGGACCGGGAAGUUCAGGCCCAGUGACGAGCACCACCCGGAAGUAAAGGCUGAUGGGUAUGUGGACAACCUUGCGGAGGCUGUGGACCUGCUGCUGCAGCAUGCGGACAAGUGACAGGCCUUCUGGGAGGGCCCCUAGCCUCCUGCCACCCUCCCCUGUGCCCAGACCAUCCGAGGCACUGCCCUCUGCCCUGGAUGGGCAAGUGAGAGGGUGCCAGCCAGGCAGUUCUGGGCUGCCCUGCCCCUGAGCCACCAGCCCCUCUCCUCUGUCUCCCUCUGCCGACCCCCCUUCCCUCCUCCUCUCCGGUCACAUCUCCCAGCCUCCUGGGCGAAGUUUGAUCCCCACCUGCUGGCCCAUCCCCUGCCUGUGCUUCCCUAGUGAAGUCAAGAGGUGGGGCACAUCUGUUGAAUCCCCAAACCCAUUCUCUCUCCCGUCGGCCAGUCCUUUCAAUGCGCUACCGAAUCGGACUCCGGCGUUUGCCCACUGCCUCUUAUCAAGCCGCACUUGAGUUUUAGGGAGGCGCCUGGAGAAAGCGGGGACCCCCGAGCAUAGUCCUUGCAGCCAGAGCCGAGCCAGCCUCCCCGGGACUGCCCAGCGGCCCCUGCCCUCCCCUGGUGUCAGAGGGACCGCUCAGCGCUCCCCACGAACCCCCCAAACAAUGCAGCCCGCCUUUCCUAUCCCAAGUCACCUCUGGAGCCCAAAUGGAGCGGCUCCCAGGGGCACUUUAACGACUGCCGUCCUUCAGAGCGAGAAUUGUAACCUCUGGAAUCCGGGUGGCAGGUGGAGGGUAGCUUCUGGAGCCUUAACUCGAUAGACUUGAACGUGUCACAUCCAGGAAACUAACGGUUAAAUCAACUCUGCCCUGACCUGCGGUGACUCUGGCUCUGACUCUGCGGGGCGGGCGGCGGGGAGGAGGCACCGUCCCUGAUCCUGCCCUGGACUUGAGCCCCUGCACAUCAGGGGGCCAGGGCCCGGAGACACCUCGCCUGCCUCAAGCCCUUUGUUUAAUGGAGGGGGAAACUGAGGCCCCACGGGACCAGGUGGACGGGGCAAGCGUGGGCCUUCCCUCACGCAGCGGCCCAAGGUGGCGGGCGGUGAGCCGCGGGCUUCCCAGAUUCACUCACAGCCCGAGUUUCAGGUUUCAGCCUCAAUCAGCAGAACAGAUAACUUGAAUGCUCUGUUUCUCCCCAAAUCCAUCCAGAACCCACUGACAAAUCUUGGGAGACUCCUCAUGAAAAGAAGUCGUGAGUCUUCCGUAACAGGAUUUCCAUUAAACGAAGGCAGAUGAUGAUAAAACGCUUGGCCCUGAACCUGAGUCCCCAGCACGGGAGCCCAGGGCCGGCGGGGGGCUGUGCGGUCCCCAGGCCUUGCCCGCCAGGCCGGCCGCUGUUAAAUCAGGAUUACGAAGAAAUGGUGGUGGCUGAGUCUUUCCAUCAAGAUAAGGAACCUGAGGUGCGGAGAAACUGACUUGCCUACGGGCUGACGGCUGGCAAGGGCAGAGCCGAGGCUCAAAUCAAGGUCUGACCCUGCAUCCCAUGCCCUUUCUAGUCCCUUCCACGAUCCCUCCACAGGGGAUGACCUGCGGUGGCCCCGGUGGCUGUGACUUUCCAGGCGAGGAGCGCCCUGGCAUCCUCCCAGUGGAGAUGAAAUGUGCCUCGGGAUUGAGGUCCAGCCCUACUCUGGGGGCGCCAUGUACCCCCGAGCCUCAGCUAUCUCAUCCUUCCCUGAGCCCUGCCGGGGACCAGGCCCGGCCAGGCCAGGGUGCCCCAUCGCCCCGCUGGGGAUGCUGACCCCUGUCCUGCUGCCGCGCCGGGGGCUGCCCAGAAGUGAGGAUGACCUACCUCACCCCUGGGUCCUUCCAGCUGUCGGGCCCUGGCCUGAUGCCCACCCUCCUUCCCCACCCCCAAGCAGGACAGUUCUCAGGCCAGAGAUCGACGGAACCACAGGCCACGGGUAGGGCUGGAGUUCAGGGCUGGCAGUGGCCUGAGAACCUGUCUGUGGUCAGGAGACGCGUCCCAGAUCUGCCACAGGCCCAGCAGACACUCCAGGCUCUGGGGGCACCCAGCAGAGCUGCUGGAAGGGGUAGGGACGGGUGGGGCGGAGAAGAGGGCAGGACGGGGGCACAAGGGCCUCACCUACCCCCAGAUCUCCCAACUCAAGCGUCCACACGGUACCAGCCCUGCGUGAAAACCCGAUUCAAACUGGGUUAAUCCAGCAAGAGUUUAUCAUCUACGAGGCUUCCAAGUCCAGGCCUGGCUGGAUCCGGGUCCCAAGAAAGUCCCAGGCUGACCCUGGGGCAGGGCAAUGGCGGCUCCAGCCAAACACACACGGGAGAGGAGAGGGGCGUGGCACCAGGAGGACAUCCACAUCAUCCUCUCGCUGCCCUGCCGGGAGCUGGGAGCCAGGCUGAGGGGUCCGAGUCCUCACCGGCAGGUGUGUGCCCACCAUGGGGCCCAGACAGCUGCGGCGCUUCUCUCCUCCUCAGAUCAGGUGGAGAUAAAUGUUUUAACACAGUCUGGAUUGUACUGUCUAGUGUGGUACUGGGGGUUCUUUGGUGUUGAUUCUCUCAUUUAAGCCCCGAGAGCGUUACAAGCCCCGUCUGCAUAUGAGGAGGCUGCCUGGAGCCAGCGUAUGUCCUGGUGGCCCACAGACGGCGCCCGUGUCAGCUGCAGGCGGUCCACAGCGGGGCCAGGUCCAGAGACCUGCAGCCGGACCCAACGGCAGGGCGUUUGAGCUGCUGCCCAGUGAGCCCCAGGGCCUGUGCCCGAGACGGUGUCCUCCCCCUGCCACAGGGGAGGCACCACUGGGUGAGCUGAGCCGGGGAGAUUCUGCUCCAUCCGGGCCAUGCCCCGACAGCAGGGCCGGCGCCAGACCCAGAUCCAGACCCGAGCACAGCCAGGGUUGUCACCUGAGGGGGGGCAGGUAAGGAGCUAUCAGGGCUGUAGGUCCAUCCGGGGCCACUCUGUGGAAGCCUCCCCUGCCGGUCAUGGGGGACGUGAGGCCGGGUCCCGGGGCCCCUGGGCUUCGGGGCUGCAAGGCUGCUCCUCUCACCCCCACCCUCAGCCAUAGCAGCCUUGCUUCACCUGCUUCGUGAACUUUUUGUUUGAAUAAGGAACAGCUGCUAAAGCGAAAACAAGAACAGUCUGGACGGGGUGCUCUUGUGUCUCGUUCCCAGAGGGCGCAUGCCCUCAGGACCUAAUAGAUCUCCAGGCAAAACCUCUGCGGUCAGAUGAUGUGGGCCAACCUUGGGUUAUAGAAAUGACAGAAGCCUCCCUAAGCCUGUCCUCGAGGCUGCAAACAUCCUGGUCUCCUGAGCUUGGUUAGCGAGGGGUCCCUGACUUGAGGGCCAGGCACAGGGACCGUGUGCCCUGGAGCCCACUCUGAGCUGAGCUGUGAGCGCUGGCGACCCCUCGGCGCGAGCAGCACAGAUCCGAGCCGUGCUGCCCUCCGAGGAGCGUGGGGUCCCAGCGUGCGCCCCCUCCCUGGCUACCCUGGUGGGCGGGGGGCCCCGCAGGCCCCCAGGGCUCCAGGCCAGGCGCCCUGCAGCAGUGCACCCUGGAGCAACUGCUGCGUGGCCUUGCCUGGCAGGCAUCUCCACCCGGAACACACAGGUACUGCCUGCCACGGUGCUGGGCACCCCCGGGAUCACAGCCGUGGCAGUGGCCAGCACCCCCGUCGUGGUCGCUCACAGCCUCCUGCACCUGAGCCUCUCGACAGCUCUGAGAUGUCCACUAGCCCCGUUUUAUAGACCUGACCCUGAGGCUCGGAGGGGACAGAAGGGCCCAGGCUCUGCCCGUGCCAGUCCAGAACGAAGGGUCCCAAAGGCAGAGGGGGGACCCUCCGAUCUGCCACACCCAACAGAAAGCACACAGCCGGCUCCCAGCAGCUGGGUAUUGAACCAGGAAGCUUUAUUUACACAGUAAAAGUAACAAGCAAAUUCCUGAGAGACUAGAGCGGCUCUAGUGCAAGACAGUCGCGGCCCGUGCGGAGGACAGGCUGCGGUGGGUGGAGGUGGGGACAGACCCAGCGCCUCUGCACCCAGCGCUUCGCCCCGGGCAGGGGCCUGGCCCAACACUGCCCGUCCUGGCCGCCACACUUCCUGAGGCUCCCCAGUGCCCACGAGGUACAGCUGGGAAAGCGCACACGGCCCCAGAGACCGCCGACUCGCCGUCCCCGCGCCCCGGGACAUCGCCCCCCCCGCACUGAAACACAAUUUCUUUGCCAAAGAGACUAUGCUAGAAGGUCAGACUAUCCUACCUAGGCUACAAGAUCUCUGCUGCGGUCUGGGAUUUUUUUUCUUUUUUUUUUUUUUUAAUCUUUUUCUCUUCUCUUUCAAGAGGAAUGGUUUUCUCUGGCACCAAUGGGAGGGGUCUGGCCAACUGUGUGGCCGUGGCAAGACGUGGCACAACUGCCUACACGGAGGCACCGCCCUGGCCGGGCUGCCGCCCCAGCGCCCGGAGCAGGGGGGGGACCGCUCGCGCCCCAGGCCGCGGGGCCUGAAGCGGUCAUCGUUUGGGUGACCGGCCCCAAGGCCAGAGCACACGCGACUUGAGCCCGCGGCGGGGCAUCCAAGGCUUGCGCUGAGGCCCCCGGCAGUGCCAGCCGGAGUGCGGAAACGCACACGCCAACCCUGCCUGGAGACCCAUUUGGAUGUUGGGUUUGUUUUUUUUCUAAGGUGGACUUUUCCUUUAUUUAAAUUUUCUUUCCGCGUACAAAUUCACAAGACUUUCCUGCUACAAAAAUUUUGCUGAAAAGUAAGGCUUUCUGAGAAUGAAAAUUCGUAUGCAUGAUCAGAACAAGCUCUCCUGCGGCCUGGAUGUCGUGUCUGCCUGUGGGCCCUGCGCCGGACCCCGGCCUCCACCUGGAAAGAAAGCGAGAGCCACUUGUACUCGACCUGCGCGGUGAGGCAUCCGCCGUGAACAGAAGUGCAGGAGCAAAGUGACUCCGAGAGAGCCUCUGUCGCGGCAGCGAGCUCCAGGGAACGCGCAGCAGGGCAAGAAGCUGCAAGGUUUGGUUGGUGAAUGUUGUCACAAGCAAACCCCAGGAUGCCGCUGAACCCCACCAUCUGACAGUCCUCAAAGGCACCUACUCCUUGGCUACAAAGCCAGUGUCACGUUGAAAACGUUGUUGACUCAAAACUCAGCUGUUUCAGCCACAGUGAAAACCUGCUGAAUGUCCCAGCCGGUGGCACGCCCCACCUGCCGGGGAGGAAUGUGACCUGCACAAUGGGGCAGUGUGUGUCCGGCCCAGGCUCUGUCCCAGGAGGGCCCAUCCUGUGUUGGCAUCCAGGGCGCGGCCCUGCGGGCAGGGUCCCGCCCAGCCUCUCCUGGCGGCUCGCGCUCCCCAAAGCCCAGCUCCCACGCAAGAAUGCUGCACAGGCCUGUUGGAGGCCUGGAGGCCUGUGUGCUCUCAAAAAUGUCUGAGGAAAGCUGCAAAGCUCCGAACAAGUUCAAAGCACUGUGUGAACACAUCUUUCCAGGGUGAAAUGGUUGCUUUGGGACAGACAGUCCCCCCUACGCCAAACUCUGUUCUCUUGAGACCCGGCCUUGGCCCAGGGAUGGGCCGCCUACUUGGGCACGGGCCUGCCCAGGUAACAAAGCUCAGAGAGGACCAUCCAUGUGGCCUCAGGCUAGUGGCUGGAGACACUGCUCAGCACCCCAGUCCUAGAGUCUGGAGCGACUUUGGAAUGGAGCCCCUGAAAGUCAAGUUGCUUCCAUCAGAACUGCCAGGCCUCAGGUACAGGAAGCAGUGUCUCAGCCCACCCACCCAGCCUCCCCAAGUCAGGAGCAACGGCCCCUUCUCUGCACAGCCCUUCUGUGCAGAUGUCUGCUCCCAUCCCCUCCUUCUGGGUGGCAGGCCCCUGGCCAGGCCCUGGGGACUGAGACAAAGUCUUCUUCUGGGCUCAGCCCCGCUGGAACUCUGUGCAGCCCUCAUUGCAGACAGAGGCCCACCAGACCCGGGUAGUGAGAGCACCCCGAGGGCCAGGCCCGGCUCCCGUCCGCACCCGCUGCCCACACCCAGCCCCAAGUGCCCACACUGUGAAGAGGCCGAGGAGGACGCAGCCCCUCGCCAGCUGAGGGCACCUCUGCCUUGAGCUGCAAUCUGAAAACCAAAUCCCCCCUCGGGAACCUCACAUUAACUUAACGGACUCGCCCCGUCCUUCUGUGCACGCCGGCCCCCACCCACCCUGCCGAGCCUUGGGCCAUGAGCUCCAUCCCCUCCCCAAGUGCCAGCCUGGGGCAGGCAGCCCGGGGCCAAGGGCAAGGCAGACUGUGGGGUGCCACGGCUGACAGCGGGCAGCGGCAGCCCCCUUUCUCCUGGUCGUCUUGCCCUAAGGAGGACAGGCUGUUUUCCUCACUCCCGUCUCCCUGGGCCCCAUCCUGCCCUUGAACCGGGAAGGCCUCGGGAGCGUGGCGCACGUGGCCCAGGGGAGGAGCGCGGGAUGCAGGGUCUGGGGUUGGAGGAACUCGCCCAAGACUGGCUCCUCCACUGACAAGAGUCGCCUCAUUUGGGAAAUGAACAGUCGUCACUGGCCUGGCUGCCUCCCUGGGCCAUUGCAAGGGUCCCACGAGAAAAUGGAUGCGAAGCGGGGCUGCUGGGGCCCCACCCAUGGAAGCCCGUUCCCCAGCACCUGGCACAGCUCCCCUGCCCCUUCCUCCCGGGACAGCCCACAGCCAGUGACUGGCCGAUACGGGUUCUGGGGCUGACCCGGGCCUGGGGGGUCAAAUCCCAGGCGCUCUUCACACUGCUGGGCCCCCCUGGGUGAGGCUGAGGGCUCCUUCCCCGGCCUGUCUGCUUCCCUCACUUCCUACAGGUUUCUCCCAAGGGCCUCCUAACCUCUGGGACCAGAUUCCCGGCUGAAGCUCUGCUUCCAAGGAGCCGACCUAAGACGGGAGGUGACAGCACUCUGAAUCAACUGCUCAUCAGUACUGCUGUUCCUUCCAGAACAGGAACGCCAGGUGCUGCUCAGAGGCUGACCGUCAGACCCCGUCAGGAGUCCACCUGUCAGGACCAGCCUGCCUUGCGUUUACUGGGGAUCAGUGGUUGCUGGGACCUCUCCUUGCUCAGCCCGGGGCCUCAUCGUCGUGCCCACGUGAAACUUCUCAGCAUCGUGCUGGGACAGAACACGUCUCCCCAAGGCACACGUGUGCUUCCCCUUCUCAGACACGAAGUGUGACAGAGUCCCCCAGCUUCCCUCUUCCAGCACCAUCCUUUGAGGCUGGCUCAUUUGCUUUUCCUCUUUCUAAUGCUAUCUCCCUCUUUGUAAUCCAAUUCAUGGAUCUCUCUGUGUUACUGAUUUUUAGGGAACCACCUCAAAUCCCUCUAGAAAGAGGGGCAUAAACAAGCCCAAUCAGCCAGGCAGAACGAGCAGACCGGGUCCUCGCCUGGCCCAGGCUUCUGGAGCCUUGCAGCCACUCUGAUGCAAGCUGCUGGGCUAGGGCCCUGGCUAAGCGGAGGCAUUUCCUCCCCCAAGCAGACACUUUCAUGAGAGCAGAAUUCUCCAAGUAUCAAGAAAACACCAGGCCAUGAGAGUGGCUAGCGGCCUGGAAAUUUUCUAAGUCUCAUUUGUGCUGGAAGCUGGCACAGAGACAGCCAGGGCGGUGAGGCAUGCGGUUUCCUGGGGUGGCGGUUUUGUUUUGUUUUGUUUUUUAAACUAUCUCAGAAAAGAGAAAAAGGCACCGGCUUAUUUGGGGCCUAUCUUUAAUCCAUCUUUGGUAAAUCGGAAUUUCCCAUGAAGGCUGGACUGUCUCUCAUAGGAAGCCCCAGAGCCCAAAGGGUCAGGUGGUGGGCUGCCCCAGCUCAGAGCUGCGGGUCUGGUGUCGGGUGUCAGGCAGGUGCUGGAGGUGGCUGAGGGUAGUGGGCGCAGCUGGCCCCUGCUCCAGGGAUGCUCCAGGCAUCCUAUCGCCGUGCUCAGGCCCCAGCCCCGCUCCACUUCCUGCUCACUCAGGUCUGUGUCGGGCCCAGCCCGUCUCUGUGACAUGCUUAUUACCUUUGGACCCCACAAGAGGCAGCCCUUUAGAGCCUGGACUGCUUCCCUAGCUCAGGAAGAAGGGCAACGCCGACCAUACAACCCAGAUAGGGAAGCUGGGUCGCCGAGGCCUGAAAGCAGAAAAUGAAGUUGCCUGAAGGGAGGAGCCUCUGGGGCCCAGGGAGCACCUCGGAGUUGGCACUGGACACUUCAGGUUCUUCCCAGAUCACAGGUUCUAGAAUCAAACAGCCAGGGGAGGGCAGGACAUAUCUGGGGGGGGUGGAAGGAUGGCCCUGGCAGUUACUAGGAAGUCCCUGCCUUCCUGGGCCUUUUUCCUCAGCUCACUGCUGCAGAGGCCACAAAUGUUUCCUGAGCACCCGUCACCUGGCGGGCUCCUCCUCAUCCGCUAGAACCCUGCAGGAGCGUCAUCCCCUGCAGAAGCCAGCCUGAGCCCACGUGUCCCCUGCUGGUCCCCUGCGGCCCUGACCCCGCCCCCCACCGCCUGGCUCAGGGGCCGGCUCACAGGAGGUGCUAGUGCAGCCCGGUGGGAUGGGAGGGAAGGACCCACUGGGUUGGCCCCGGGGGCUCGACUUUGUGUAUCCGCACAGCCCUAAGGUCCCGGGACGCUGUGGGCACGUCCUCUGAAUGGUGGCCAACCCCGUGGUCCGGAGCCCCUCUCCGCCCAGGCCACAUUGUGGCAAACGCUGUUUCUGCACCAGGCCCCGGGCGGCAGAUAGCCCGCCUGGACGCAGAAGGCGCGGAAGCCAAUGGCAAGGGGCCUCCCGGCAAGCUCACAAUUAGAAAACAAACAUUUUCUUUCUGCGGUGUGCAUUCUGGCCAGCACACACUCAGGACAGGACUUGUGAAACCGCCUCGCUCUCAGCUUGGCGUGGAGGGAAUUCUUUGCCUGACAAAAGUCGAGGGACCUUUCCAAAGCACACAGGGCGCUGGUGGGGGGACCAAGGCUAACGCACUGCCGGGACGCAUGGGGACCCUGGGGGCGGCUUCUGCACCAGCACUGGGGGCACUGAAGGUGGGUCCAAGGCCCCAGAGGGGACGGCGGGCCCUUGGUUUUGUUCAGCUGCCUGGAGCUGGGUGCUCCAAGGGCCAUGUCAAGGCACAGGGAGACAGGACUGCAGAGCAUUGGGACCCUCUCAGCCCAGCCCUCCAUUCUCUGUUCGGAUAUUGGCUUCCAGAGAAAGGGGAUGCUUUUUGGAAAAACGGGCAAAUCGCCAAUCAGUCUAACAGCCUUAUCUGCAGAUAGGCAGACGGAGACCGAGGGAAGGGAAGAGACUUGCCCCAAAUCCCACAGCUGGUUGAUAUGCAACCAGUGCCCUUGACUUCCGGGUCGAGCUCAGGAGAACAUUCGAUCCUCAGGCAGGAUGGCGGCCUAGAAGAGGCUGGACAAGCCUGGGCUGGAACCCUGGUCCUCUGGGGGCCCUGGGAAGUCCUGAAACUUCGCAGCCUCAGUUUCUCAUUUGUACAAUGAGGCUAAUAUGAGCCCCAAACGAAGUCACAGAAUUGUCUGCAGGGUUAAUUGCACUGAGACCAUGUAGGAGGCCAAGGAGGCGCUUGGCAAACCGGAGCUCCCUCCUCCCCGCUGCGCCCACCGCGCUGUGCUCAGGCUAAGGUGGGGGGCCCGUGGCUCUCCGUGGAUAGCACUGCACGGCCAAGGGGUCAGGGGCUCGGCUUUGGGAACAGAAUCUAUACUCUAGAUGGUCAAACCCACUGUCCUUUUUAACCAAAACCUGCUUUCAGAGGAGCCAGAAGACAUGCCAGCAACACGAAAGGUGAAAUCUCUAGGAAUAAAAAUACGAGAGAGAGAGAAAAGAGAUAGGAAGACAACCUUAUAGAACACAAACGUGGGCUUGAACAAAUAGACAUCCUGUCUGUGGACGGGAAGACUCGACCUCAGACAGGUGUGAAUUCUCCCCAAGUUAAUUCAGAAGUCUAACACAAUCCCGAUCUGCAACAGCUCCAGCUGCCCGCCCGCCAUCGCAAGACAAGCUGAUUCUCCAGUUUUCACUGGGAAAAUAAACAGGAAAGGACACUCUAAGUUAGGAAUGAAGAAGUGGAUGACUCACAGGCCAGAAAAUCUUACUGAAAUGGUCACUCCGAUUUUCAAAAAAAGAAGUCCCCCUCCCAAACCAUCUCCAUAUUAAAUCAUUGUAAUGUUUCUCCACCAAA